CGUAAUGGUGCGUGGCCGCUCGUAUAUACAUCAAGCAUGUGCACAGACUCUGGUGUUGCUGUGAUACUACCAAUAGGCGGGACUGUGGCUCUGCAGUGAGUCUGUGAGCUGCACAGCUGGAGCAGGAGCAGAAGGCAGGCACGCGGUCCAGCUGACACCAGAUGACUGAGCUCAGCUGCGAACUGCUUCACCAACACACUCCUCCACCACAAGUUGCUGCCCGUGUACGCCAGUAGGGAGACUUGUGGGGUUGAUGUGCCGUGAGAAAAAUACCCGCAUAGCUCGUUCAGAGGAGCGUUUUGCACCAACUCUGAAGAAGGACCCGAGCGUCUCCUAAUGAGUUCCUUUCUCUGCGUGACCUGGUGUCCCCACUUCGUCGCCAAACACGCGUUUUGAGUUUUGGUGCUGCUGGUGAUGUAACGAUUUUCAUCUCAGUGCUUACUCUACAACUGUUAUCACUGCAGCCUCCUCUUGCAGAGUAUGGGAUCUGCCAAACUCUAAAGAGGCACGGGAGUCGAACCAGAGGGAGUAACGAGGGCAAUAACUGAGCGGAGAGGAAGGAUGGAGUCCAUAUUAUCAGAGCAGUCGGCCACAGUGGAUGAGCUGGUGGAGGCGUGCAUCCAAGCCUUCGAUGAAAAGGGCACUUUGAAGGAUACUAACCUGGUCCGCAUGUUUCUAAUGAUGCAACCUUGGUACCUUCCUUCAACUGAGAUGACGAAGCAGCUGGUGCUCAAAUCUCAAGACGAGAGCUGCUCUGCAGAGCGAAGAACAAAGAUAUGCCACCUUGUCAAGUACUGGAUCUGCGAGUUUCCAGCAGAGUUCAAUCUGAACCCGGAGCUGGCCGACCAGAUCAAAGACUUUAAAGACCUCCUGACCACCGAGGGCAACGAGAGCCAGAGUCAGCUCAUUGACCUGGACAGUGUGCCGUCGUACAAAUGGAAGCGACAGGUCACCCAGCGUGUCCCAUCAGUGUCCAAAAAGAGGAAAAUGUCCCUGCUGUUUGACCACCUGGACUCAUGUGAACUGGCUGAACACCUGACCUACUUGGAGUAUAAAUCCUUCUGCAAGAUCCUGUUUCAGGACUACCACAGCUUUGUGAUGCACGGCUGCACAGUGGAUAACCCCAUCCUGGAGCGCUUCAUCACCCUCUUCAACAGUGUCUCCCAGUGGAUCCAGCUCAUGGUGCUCAGCAAGCCCACCGCCCCGCAGAGAGCUGCUGUCAUCUCCCACUUCAUCAGGGUGGCACAGAAGCUCCUACAGCUGCAGAACUUCAACACCCUGAUGGCGGUGGUGGGCGGCCUCAGCAACAGCUCCAUCUCCCGUCUCAAAGACACACAGGCCCACAUCAGCGCAGAGACCAACAAGGUGUUCAACAACCUCAUCGAGCUGGUGACCUCAUGCGGCAACUACAGUCAAUACCGCAAACGCUUCUCAGAGUGCUCCGGCUUCCGAUUCCCCAUUCUCGGCGUGCACCUGAAAGAUCUCAUCGCCGUGCAUGUGGCGCUGCAAGACUGGGCUGACAAAGAGAAAACGCGGGUCAACCUCACUAAGACUCAGCAGCUGUACGCCAUCCUGCGAGAGCUGGCCAUGAUUCAGAACACACCGCCCAACAUCGACGCCAACACAGACCUUCUCAACCUGCUCACGGUGUCUCUGGACCAGUAUCACACAGAGGAGGAGAUCUAUCAGAUGUCUCUACAGAGAGAGCCUCGUAAACCCGCGCAGAACUCCAGCCCCGCCCCCGCGCCUGACCCCAAGCCCACCAUGAUCGAUGAGUGGGCGGUGUCCGUGAAGCCGAACGCCGACCCGACGAUCAUCAAGAAGCAUAUCGAGAAGAUGGUGGAGUCAGUCUUCAAGAACUUUGACACAGACGGCGACGGCCACAUCUCCAGGGAUGAGUUUGAAGCCAUCAGGAACAACUUCCCUUACCUCAGCAAGUUUGGAGAACUGGACAAAAACCAAGACGGGCAGAUCAGCAGAGAGGAGAUGAUCGACUACUUCAUGAAGGCCAGCUCUCUGCUUAACUGCAAGAUGGGUUUCAUUCACACUUUCACUGAAGCCACCUACGUGAAGCCCACGUUCUGCGAGCACUGCGCCGGCUUUAUAUGGGGCUUCUACAAGCAAGGCUACAAGUGUAAAGCCUGCGGGGUGAACUGCCACAAGGCCUGUAGGAGCCGCCUGGCUGUUGAGUGCCGCAAGAGGACCAAGAGCAUCAGCCACGAGACGCCACCAGCUCUCCAGGCCAGAUCCUACAGCUUCCCUCCACCUGCCAACACCCCACCCAGCCUGCAGAACACAGUGAUUGCUGAGGAGGACAUUGAGUCAGUGGAGGAAGGAGUGUUUGACGUCCACCUAUAACCAGAAUCCCUCCGAUGGGUUGGUGUGUGCAAGAAGCCAAACGAGCGGCUGUCGGGGGAGCCAGACACAGAAUGUGCAACAGUAUGUCAGUUUAACAGCCCUCAAAACUGAGGAGGAAAUGCACUGAACACAAGCCAGGAUACCUACAUGCUGCCACACAGUGGAAACAACCUGCAACAGCAAGUCCAGACAACUCCCAGGAAUAUGACGACCAAUGUGAAUGGAAAGUGUGGUUUCUGUGUACAUUUUAGAUUCUCUGUUAACCAAAAGUGUUUAUGUGAAACUUCCAAAAUAAUCCACAAAUUGUAUUUUCUCACUGGAAUGAUAAAGUUUGUGGAGGUUUUGAUUUGAAUGUUUUUCUGUAAGAUAAAAAAAAAGCAGUGUACUUUUUUCUUUACAACAUUAAAGGGGUGCUGUUAUUAUAAGAAUGUAAACUGCCACCCAGACUAGAAGCUACUGUCUUCUCUAUCCAUGAAGACUUUUAUUCCUUACCUGUUUUUUUUUUAUUUUUAAUGGAUCAAUGAUGGGACCAAUUUUGAUGUCAGAUAAAGUAUUCUCGAUUUGUGGUACUCGUCUGAAGCUUGAUGAAAAAAACAAUUACUUUUUCCAAAAAGAGAAAUGUGUGAAACGACUCUGUGGACGUUAUAACGAUGGACUGGAAUGUAAUAUUUCUGUGGUUUCUCAGAAUAUCAGUGACUGUCCUGUAGUUAUUGCUGUUGUGUUGUUCCCAGUAUGCAGUACUGUCUUGUACCUGUACACUGAUAGAUGAUGCAUCCUCUUCAGUCCUGUGAAUGUAGCAAAAAGACUAAAACUCUGCUGUUGGAUGAAAAACUCAAACACCCUGCGUGACUAUGUCGACAGCAGUGAGGAGGAAACUGGUUUUAACUUCCUGCUGAUUCCUUCUGAUUGGUUUUGAAUGAGCUUUGAAGCUCUGAGGCGAUCAGUCAAAAUAUACGCCUGCCAAAAACUGGAGUAAUGAGGCUUUUUAUUUGACAGCAGUGUAUAAAUAUAUUAUUUCCCUGAGAAUCUUUUUUGAUGCAAGUUAAGUAUUUUGCUGUUUGUAUCCUGCAUGCUUCCUCUUCACAGCUCUACUCUGCGGCCAGACGUCUCGGUUGCUGAGGAUUUUUCAAUUUUUAAAUGUAGCACGCCAACUUAUCAUUUAUUAAGGAAACAUGAAGUCUUGAGAUUCCCUCAGAGGGGAAAUGUUUUCGUCGCUUUGUGCCUGUGGAGAGAUGAAUUCUGACUUUGAGUGCCAUACUGUCAACUGCUGGUUUGUCAAUGAAUGAGACUCCUUGCAUCGCUGGUAUUUAUUUUUCUGUAUAAAAAGCCGAAUAGCUGCCGGUCCUUCUGUGUCGCUCCUUGCCUGACGACGGAUGUUUGCUGUGUGAAUGAAUCUUUCAGACUGAUGUUGUGCUAAUCCUUGUGGUCCCUUGACAAUUCCUCAGUAUUAAAAGCAGCAGGCAUUACUCUAAUAUGUGUUCUGAUAAGAUUCUUUGUGAAUAACAGGAAUGAAAGAAAAUGUUUUGUCCUCAAA